AGGAACAAACUCAAGCUUCCAUUCCUUCUUCAUUCCACACUCUCUCUCUCCUGCCCAAGCAUCCAUACAAUAUUUCCAAACACAACCAACCCCACAUUCCUCAAGAUGUCAUUACCCAAAACGCAACAAGAGUGGAGUUGCCAAGCUCAGGCAGCAGGUGUCCAUAACCGAUCUCUCAAGUCCUGUAGCACAUUGCAGUCCGGUUCUAGAGUUAAUCAUCAGCAGUUUCUUCUGUUUCGAACAGUUGUCCCUGAUAUUCAACCAAUGAGCCGACUUGACACCAGUCAAUAUGGUCUCCAAAUGCACAUGCAGGAGGCCAGUCAGAUAUUGAACAAUCCAGAGUUCAACAGAUAUCUAAUGGCCAUUCACAGUGCCAACUGGGUGAGUUUACGUGAUUUUCGGAACAUCUUGCGCGCCCAGAUUGAAGUACUAGCUGGACAGCAGCAGACACACCUUCUCAGAAGGAUUGAUGAGACAGCUGUAAAUACGAGUCUCAUUUUACUACUCAUAGCCAUUAGCUCUAUGCACCCUCCCCUGACGAGGGAGUGGAGAUCAUCUCGAAUCACACUCACGGCGAAUUUUGGGUCUAUGAAUAGUUAGCACCACACAAUCUAAAGCAUUUGGUCAAAAAAAAUAAAAACCGAAACAAAAACCACCAAGACGAGCUAGGUAGCAGUAGACUGGGCAAAAACAAAAAGAAAUGACCAGUGCCAGGUUCGAACUGGCGACCUUUUCGGUGUUAACGAAACGAUAUGACCAACUAAUCCAACCGGCCAGUUGUUGAAGAACACCGACGGGAAAGUGCUAUCUAAGCCUGCCUACUUGGAUCCUGACAGUGGUCACGUGUUUGUUGUAGAAAUUCAGCAGUAUUUUGCCCAUCCAUACCGCCAUCGUCGCCUGCUUGUUUACCAUCAUGUCGCAAGAUGAGUAUGAUACC